AUGCCCAAGUUCUUCUGCGAUUACUGCGAUGUCUAUCUCACCCACGAUAGUAUGAGCGUGCGCAAGGCGCACAACAACGGCCGCAACCACCUCCGUAACGUUCAGGCCUACUACGAACAGAUAUCGAGCGACCAGACACAGCAAGUCAUCAACAGUAUCACCGAUGCAUACAACACAGAAGGCCAGGCAAAUCCUUUGUUUCAACAAAAUCUAAACGGAGGAUUUCCUGGGGGCCCAAUGGGCGGAAUGCCUGGUAUGCCCCCGAUGGGUAUGCCCGGCUUCCCACCGCCAGGAAUGCCGCCUAUGGCUGGAAUGCCCCCGCCGUUCAUGGGCCGUGGUGGUCCGCCCAUGCCUCCCAACGGAAUGCCGCCUUUCCCUCCGCCCAACGGUAUGCCUCCAGGCCCUGGUGGUGUACCCCCAAACAUGCCCCCGUUCCCACCACCACACAUGGGAGGCGGCCCACCUCCUCAAGGGAUGCCGCCAUUCCCCUUUCCUCCACCGGGCAAUGCUGGCUCGCCACCUGGAGGUAUGCCUUUUCCACCACCAGGUGGCAUGGGCAUGCCGCCUGGAGGACCGCCUGGAGGGCCACCUGGCAGAUAUCCUCCUGGACCACCGGGACGUUAG